AUGACGACCAACGUCGACGUCUCGGCAUCGCCCUCGAGGCAGACGAGGGCCAUGUCUAGGCGAAACGGCGGGCUCGAGUACGAAAAACCAGUGUGGUCGACGCGCCAGUCGCCAUCGAAGCGGGUCAUGGGCCUAGAAAUCAGAGCUUUGCCGACCGAGGACAGAGAAGCGCAAAGGGAGCGGCCUCAAAACGAACACAACCAAGGAGAGAGAUGUCAAGAAGAGGAGGGCUACUAUGAUCAUGGCUCUGAUGAGUAUCUCACUCGCCUUUCGCCUUCGCCUAGUGGGCUUGUAGAGGCGGGCAUUCAGGCAGUGGAGCGUCGAGUGGAGAGGGCGACGCAAGCAGGAAGCGACAUGCUCACUCACAAGGGUAGGCAGACGGACGAGAGGACUCUCGAACGUAACGUGACAGGUCUCGAUCCGAGACCAAGUGCAAGAAAGACUGUCCAAACAUCCACUUCCAGGACGGAGAGGGCGAAAAGCCCCGUCAAGGAAGGCUCAACUGCACGGGCUCCCAGCCCGACGAGGUCUAUAGUGACGGUACCCAGACCUUUCAGCUUUACAGAACGGAGACGAGUAUCUCCGACAAGGAGUAUGUUGCCGCCAGAGAAAUCUGCUCCAUUGCGGAAAAUCGCACCCGAGAGGAGGCCUACCUCGCCGACAAAAGCGCGCAUGAUGCCGCCGCCCACUCAACUAUCCAAGGCACGCGAAGUUGAGCGCAGUGGAAUGAGUGCUCAGUACGGGGGCGACGAGUCAAAGGGCGCCUACCUCACGAGGUGCUACUCCAAGCUCCAAAGGAGCAACGCCGUCGUCUCAUGCCCUUCUGUCAAGAGCGCUUCCCUCGAGGCAGCCUGUGUCGUUGCCAACAUCCGCAUCUGGUGUGCGACGCUCUCCACUAGAGGGCAUUUCCAGAUUUCGGACUCAGAAGAGGACGAUGAGGGAGCGGAGGCAGUGUCACACGACGAGAACAAGUCCAUCACAAGUCCAUCGGGAUCGAUGCAGGCACCAGAGAGACGGUCCACGUUCCUUUGUGAAGCUCGCGAGGAGCAGGAGUCGCAGCAGAACGUAUCAGCAAGGGCUGCUCCGGCAGCCAAGUCGGAUGAGGCUCCUACGGCGUCACCACCGGCGUUGUCCGAAGAGACCACCCAUGCGCUCGCCUCGCUCGAGGCGACACUCGCUCGCCUGAAGAACCGCAGUGCCAAGAUCAAGGAGCAGCGAGCCAUGGAACAGGGCGAGAGGGCCAUCUCAGCCGCUGCCUUGGCUGCUGUGGGUCACAGAAGAAGCCCGUCCAAGAGCCCAGAAGUGAGCCCGAGGAAGAUCAGGAGCCUCUCUCCGAGCAAGGAGAUGAAGGAGCAAAGGAGGCAGAGGUCUUCCGACGACGAUGCUGAGGAACACCGACACGGGUCCGCUGUGUCCUUUCUCGACCGCGUCAGGGCUGCGCAGGCGAAGGGUGCAAGAGCUGCCCAUCCUACUGCCGAGUCUUCUGCCAUGAACGUCCUAUCUCGACCCAAAGACCCUAGCGCUUUGCCUGACCGAGGCCUCACGGGGAACCGAGCGCCUCGCGUGCCUCUGGCUGAGACCCAUCGCAGCACCGUCUCGCGUACCCCAUCGGAUGAACAGGUUCCACAGGAGCCUACGGCGGCUGAUGUCGACGAGGAGAAUCGACAGAGAAAGAAGGAGGAGAAGAAGACGAGAAGAAGAUCUUCCCUCUACACCUACGUCCCAUCGACAAAGUGUCCCGAUGAUUCUUUGACUACAGCAAGCGGCGAGUCGGACGAGAGUCUCGUCGCCAGCGGCCGAGGCGGCAUGAUCCCAUCCGCCAUCCGGGCAUCUCGCGGAGACGCUUCCAGUACCGGCCCCGGUCAGACGAGACAUUCGUCCUCUCGGCGCUUCCUGCGCGGUCUUGUCAUCCUCGUCGAUGUGCGUGAGCAGGACGGCGAUGACGCGUCGUCGACGUGGGUCGAGAUGCUGCGGUCGAUGGGCGCCAAGGUCAUGGUUCGCGCUUCGGAGCGUCGGCUCAGCCACAUUGUCUUCAAGUCGGGCAAGCCCGCUACGCUGCACCACUUUCGCGCUCAGCCUGACCCCAAGCCGCUCGUCGUGGGCGUCAACUGGGUGCUGCGAUGCGCCGAGGAAGGGCGCAAGGUCAACGAAGAAGACUACCUCGUCGAGGUAGGGAAACAGGCCGUGUUCCUAAAAACACGAAGGAAGAGCUCCAUGGCGCCCAAGAUGGCACCGGCUGGGAGCGAAUCACCACCAGCGACUACGGAAACGAUUCUCAAGGAGAGGAGGAGAUCGUUGCAUGCGCCUCCGGUUCCGAGCCCGUUGGCCAACCGAGCGUGGAAUAUGGACUCGUCGACAGACUCGACGGCAGUCCUUCAAGACUCUGCUUCUGCUACUAUUGCGACGAAUGCGACGGCUACUUGA